GGCGGCGCGCUUGCGUGAUGCCGGUUGCAUGUUAUUAUUAACAUUGAAUUGGCGUCUUCUAGUAUAAUUUAGUGCUUCAGGUGAAUUAAGUGACAAGAAAACUUACCGCGAAAUAUAAAUAUGGUGGCGCAGAAGAAAGGUCGUGGAGCCAAAACUCAGGCUGCUAAACCCAAAACUGCCAAUCAGAAUGAAGAGGUACCUCAAUCGGAGGUAGAAGCGAUGGAAGGCACUGAAGAGAAUAACGGUCAGACAGAAUCUGCCGAACAGGUAGAGGAUACCACUACGGCUGAAGAAGCUCCAGAACAGGAAACUGAACAGAAUCAAGAGAACGCCGAUGGUGAAGCUAAGGCAGAGGAACAGAAGGAAGAGAAGGUGGAGUCUGGUAAACUACUUGUGGAAAACCUCCCAUCAAGCUACCUUUUUGACUACCAAGAAAAGCUAAAGGAGUUGUUCUCAAAACAUGGGGAAGUUGUUAGCGUAAAACGUGGUCCAAUCAUUGUUACUGAACUGACCACAACUCCGACAUUAUCGGCUAUAGUCGAAUUCAAAAACAAAGACUCUCUGGAAAAGGCGCUGAGUGAAAAUGGCACGGUGUUGGAGGGCAGCACCAUCUCUGUGGCGGUGGAGUCUCGUAGCGAGACGGCCGUGCUGGUGGGUGUACCGUACGAGGCCAGCACCGACUAUGUGAGGUUGUUGUUCGCGCAGUGCGGCGAAGUUUCACAUAUACACGAGUUCAGCAAAACCAAGUACAAGAUAUUGCGUGUGACCUUCUUCGAGAAGGAGGCUGCUGAGAAGGCGCUAAAAUUAGAUCGGGAGCUUCGUAUUAAUGGUUUCCUCGUCACCAUCACCAAAUUCCGCGAUGAAGAGGAGCAGAAGGCUCAUGCUGCCAAUACCAACAAGAACAAGCGGCAGCACGGGCAGCAGCAGCAGCAGCAGGGGCAGCAGCAGAACCGCGGCGGGGCGGGCGGCGGCGCGGGGGGCGCGGCGGCCGCGGGGGGCGCGGCCACCGGCUCGCGCGCUACCAACUUCAGAGCGCGUGGCGCUGCCUUCAAUGCACGCGGAAACUUCAGAGGAGCACGCGGUCGCGGGUUCGGUGCUCGCGGUGGUGCAUUCCCGCGCGGCGGCUUCGCGCCCGUCAACACCUACAUGCCGCCGCAGCCCUUCAUGGCGCGCCCCGGCGGCUUCAUGAACGACGGGCAGCGGCCGAACAAGCGGCUCCGGCAAAUGUAACGGGCAAUUGCAAAGACAGAAUAAGUGUGCGUCGUCGUCCUUAUGUUGGUGUGUGUGAGUGUACCGAGCGUCUUUACAGAGACUACUUCAGUGACAGUUGCAGUAUCAGAUAAAUCUAGCUAAUUGUAUUUACUAAGUACAUUGAAUAAAAUAAUUGUAAACUAUUGUCUUUUGACAGGUAAUAAAAUAUUACU